AUGCGCGCCCCGGGCUGCGGGCGGCUGGCGCUGCCGCUGCUGCUCCUCGCGGCGGCCGCCUGGGCCGAAAGCGACGCCAAAGGGCUCAAGGAGGGCGAGACCCCCGGCAAUUUCAUGGAGGACGAGCAAUGGCUGUCGUCCAUCUCUCAGUACAGCGGCAAGAUCAAGGACUGGAACCGCUUCCGAGACGAGGUGGAGGAUGAUUACAUCAAGAGCUGGGAGGACAGUCAGCAAGGAGAUGAAGCCCUGGACACCACCAAGGACCCCUGCCAGAAGGUGAAGUGCAGCCGCCACAAGGUGUGCAUCGCCCAGGGUUUCCAGCGGGCCAUGUGCAUCAGCCGCAAGAAGCUGGAGCACAGGAUCAAGCAGCCUGCCCUGAAACUCCACGCAAACAAAGACACCGCCUGCAAGCCCUGCCACAUGGCCCAGCUGGCCUCCGUCUGCGGCUCUGAUGGCCACACUUACAGCUCCGUGUGUAAGCUGGAGCAGCAGGCCUGCCUGAGCAGCAAGCAGCUGGCCGUGAGAUGUGAGGGCCCCUGCCCCUGCCCCACGGAGCAGGCCACCGACUCCACCGCGGAUGGCAAAGCAGAGACCUGCACGGGGCAGGACCUGGCCGACCUGGGGGAUCGACUGCGGGACUGGUUCCAGCUCCUCCACGAGAACUCCAAGCAGAAUGGCUCAGCCAGCAGCGGAGGCGGCCCGGCCAGUGGUCUGGACAAGGUCCUGGGGGCCAGCUGCAAGGACUCCAUUGGCUGGAUGUUCUCCAAGCUGGACACCAGCGCCGACCUCUUCCUGGACCAGACGGAGCUGGCCGCCAUCAACCUGGACAAGUACGAGGUCUGCAUCCGCCCUUUCUUCAACUCCUGCGACACCUACAAGGACGGCCGUGUCUCCACCGCCGAGUGGUGCCUCUGCUUCUGGAGGGAAAAGCCCCCCUGCCUGGCGGAGCUGGAGCGCAUCCAGAUCCAGGAGGCCGCCAAGAAGAAGCCAGGAGUCUUCAUCCCGAGCUGCGACGAGGACGGCUACUACCGCAAGAUGCAGUGCGACCGGAGCGGGGGCGACUGCUGGUGUGUGGACCAGCUGGGCCUGGAGCUGACCGGCACCCGCACGCACGGCAGCCCCGACUGUGAUGACAUCGUGGGCUUCUCAGGGGACUUUGGGAGCGGUGUCGGCUGGGAGGACGAGGAGGAGAAGGAGACGGAGGAAGCGGGUGAGGAGGCCGAGGCUGAGGAGGAGGAGGGCGAGGCGGGCGAGGCCGACGACGGAGGCUACAUCUGGUAGACGGCCCGCGGGCCGCGGCGGGGACAGGCAGACGGGACAGCAGCAGGCGGCCUACGAACGGAUCUGGGAAGUACAGUUGGGAGGACCCUGGCUCCAGCUGGAGGACUGCAAGUGUGGGUGUGCGUGGCACGCGUGUGGCCCAGACGUAAGAAUGCCUGUGUGUGCGUGCAUGCGUGUGCGUGUGUGUGCACUCGCAUGUGUGCGUGUGUGUUCAUGUGUGUGGUGUGCAUGCGCACGCGUAUGUGUGUGGUGUGCGUGCAUGUGCGCGCGCGUGUGUUCAUGUGUGUGGUGUGCACAUGUGUGUGCAUGUGCGUGUGCAUGUUCACGUGGUGUGUGUGUGUGUGUGUGUGUGUGUGUGUGUGUGUGUGGCAUGUGCUGACAAACGUGUCCUUGGUCAAACUGCUCCUGGGGACCAAACACCCCUUUGGCCUCCUGGUAGUUAUUUUCAUUCCAUUUGUUGUUGGUUUUAAAAUGUACCCAUUCACACACAUACCCACUGGAAGGUCAACAUUGAUGAGAUGAGAUGCCCCCUUAGCCACAUCCCCUGGCCGCAUCCGGGCCUGCCUGGCACCCUGGCCCUGAUUGGCUCCCCUCGGCGGCCAGCCCUGACUCCUCCUGCUCCUGCCUGCCCUCUUCCUCCCCUUGGGGUCAAGCUCUAGCCUGCUGGCACGUCCCCAUCAGAGGGGAGGGCGGGCAAGGAGCUGUCUGCUGGCUGGGGGUCUUCCCAGAGCUCGGCCAGUUUGGCCAUGACAGCCCCGCCGGCCUCGGGACCCCCAGCACAGCAGGCCCCUCCCUGGGUGGGGCUGGGCGGGGUGUGGAGCUAGGGGGUGGCCGGCAGAGAGAGCAGCCGCUGCAAAUCCAGGCAGAGCUCUUAGGGGCACGGGCACCCCAGCCUCUUUCUGUGGCUCCGGGGUGAGGGCCAUUCCCUUAGACCGUGGGUGGUUACAGAGUGAGCUCGGCCUGGCCACGUGGGGGCACCUGCUCCCGUCCCCCUGGCUGGGCCCGCUGGUCCGCUCUGGGAGCCUGAGGAUCAGGCAGCGGUGAGGAGCCUGGGGUGUCUGCUGCACCCAGCUCCUCCCUGACCCCUCAGUAAUGCUCCCCUCCCACACAGACCAGUAGGAAGGCUGACCCCGAGGCCCUGCGAGGGGAGCAGUGAAACGGCAACCUUUCUGCCUGAGACCGUGACCUUCUCCCAUCUCCCUCAGGGGGCGGCGCUCCUGUGCCUGGGCCAUUUCCUGCCCCUCGCCUCGCAGCCCCUGCGGCUUCCUGUGUCCCCUCUGAGGGCCCCCACGGCUGCUCUGGGGAGGGGCUUCUCCACGCUCUGAAUCCAGGGGGGAGGGACGGACCAGCCAGGCACUGAGGCCACGCCUCGCGGUCCCCCAGAUCUCUCCACCAGGAGGGAGCCAGGGUGGAGGAGGCGGUGCUGUGCUCCCCGCCAGCCUGCCCAGCUCUCCCUGCUGAAGCGAACCCCUACCACCAUUGGUGAAGCAUUUCUUACCCAGACCGGCCUCUGAUGCUGUUCGGUGUGUGGUGAGGGCAGGGUGAGCGUGUAUGUGUGUGCGUGCAUGUGUGUGUGCGGGCGCACAUAUGUGUGUGCUAUGUGCCUGGCUAUAUGCUAUGUAUGCAUGUGUGCACAUGUGUGGUGUAUGCGCGCACGCACACAUGUGUAUGUGUGUGCUAUGUGUGUUUAUGCGUGUGUAUAUGUAUCUGUGAGAGUGUGUCUAUGUGCUAUGUAUGCGUGUGUGUGCACAUGUGUAUGUGUGUGUGUGUAUGUAUGCAGUGCAUGCGUGUGUGUGUGUGCACGUGCAGGCACUUUGUGUGAGACGAGGGGCCACCCCUUGGGGCCCGGGCUGUGAGGAGGGGCACCUUGGGUGCUGGGUGGGUGGCAGGCCGGGGGGUUGCUCUGUGGCUCCUGCAUCCGCUGCGUCCGCUGGACUUGCUGGAAGAACCUCAGCCCGUCUGCCCCUUGCUCCACCCUGGACCCCGCACCUUCCAGUCUUCUCUUGGGAAAUAGUGAGCCUCCAGUGAGCCCCACCCACCGCCUCUCACGCUGCAGCACAGCCCUGUCAGGGUGUCGUGUCGUGUGGUCCCACACCCCCACGUCCCGCCUCCCACCGCCCCUCCCUGUCCGCCACCUCCCCCCGGCCCCCAGCUCAGCUCAGUGCGGGGAAAUGUCUCUCCCCGCAGCCCUCUGCUCUCUGAGCAGCCGCUUCUCACUCGGAGCUACUUGAACCUGUGCUCGCGCUAGGACCGAGGUCUGUCUGUCUCUUCCCUCGGAGGUGUCCCCCAGGCUGGCUGUGGAGGAUCUGGGGGCUCUGGGGUGGGAAGGCAGGGAGGAGGGGGUGCCCUUCCCCUCUGUGACCCUCCCCUCUCUCCGGUGGGGGCCUAUGCUCUCUGUGUCUCUGGGUCUUCCGGUUGUGCACGUUUUUAUGACCUUGUAAAUAUGUUGUAGAAAGAAAGCAAAGGCCUUGCCCUGUCUCUGCAGCCCCCACACUGCGCUUCACCCCACUCUCUGAGACCCAGCCCCCCAAAGUUGACAAAGCAGCUUGUUCCCAGGGGCUGCAGGCCUCAGGUGACGUCUCAUCGGGCAGCGGCGGUGUCCUGUGAGCAGGCUGCAGGGGCCUCCCCAGCUCCUGGGAUUCACGCCCGGGCCCACGGCCACCACCCGGCCCCCCCGCGCCCCUCUCCAUCCCCCGGCUCCCCGGGCCGACGCAGGCAGUGGAAUCAGGACUGUGUUGGAAAGAUCUCAACCAAAAUUUAAAAAGAUGAGUUUCUCGGGCCCUGGAGCUGCCCGAGACCUCCCACGCCAUGGGUGCUGGGGGGAGGGGCAAGGCUGAGAGGGUAGGUCGGGGUUGGAGAGAACAAAUGUGCCUUGAGAGGCGUGGAGCUCAGGAGGGGGGGGGGGUGAGGGUGAUGAGAGUGUGAUGGGCAUCAUGCACGCCCCUACUGUCCCCUGCGGCUGUGGCCAUGUGGGGUCAGUGGUCACCCCCUUUCCUCCUGCCAGCCUGUCCAGGUAGAGGGCAGGCCACCCGCUCGGCCUUUCACGAGCUCCAUCUGCUUCCAGUUCACCUCUGAGUGGGUGGGUCCCUGGGAUCAACAUUCCCCAAAGCCUCCCCUCAGCCCUUGGGAGCGUGAAUGGCAUCAUCGUGAGGCUGGGGGCCCGCAGGGGUCACAGGGAAGAGCCACUAGGGGUGCGAAAGGGGACGCAGACACCCCGAGGAAGUCCCAAGCGGAGCAAACUGCUUUAUCGCCUGAAGCUACUUCAACUGUGUCAUGUGCAAUAACUGAGCUUAGAGUUAAGAAUUGUGUUCAAGUGCUUGGGUUUCCGUCUGUAUAUUUAAGUGCUGAAAUCGUAUCUCUCAGUAAUUUUAGAUGUCUUUAAAAAAAUCGGAAAACAAAGUGUUAGACCGUGUGUGUGCAAUAAUGGGCACUCAGCAACCCGUGGGUCACCCCCCCCCCGUGGCCCCCCCUCGCACACCGAGCCCGCCUCCCCGUGGGGACCCCGCCUCCCCGUGGGGACCCCCCUCGUGUUGUCUUCUCUGCCUAUUACUCAGCCUAAGGAAACCAGUACACCCCACAUGCAUAAAGGAAAUCAAAUGUUAUUUUUAAGAAAAUGGAAAAUAAAAACUUUAUAAACACCGCC